AUUUUUCAUUUGUCAUUACUUCUACAUAUUAAAAUCAAAUAUUGAUGGAUUCUAAUUUCUUCUAAGUCUUAUAGCGUUUUUAUAGAAAAUAUUGACUAAACUACUUGGUAAAUUUACCAAACAAUGGCUUUAUUAGCCAGUUCUGGCCAAUGGGCCACAAAGUUAAUUCCCAAAAAUGGAUCGUUUAGCAUUGUUUACAUAAAGUCUGAGCUAUACAGUUCAGACUGUAACCUAGCUUCAUACAAGAGGGGCACAGGAGGACGGAGCAGCUUUAAUGGCACAGUUGCCACCGUGUUUGGCUGUACUGGAUUUGUUGGAAGAUACUUAUGCAACAAGCUGGGGAAAAUAGGAACUCAGAUGAUUUUACCUCAUAGAUGUGACUUUUAUGAUGUAGCAAGGCUUAAAGUAUGUGGAGAUCUUGGUCAAGUCAUUUUUACACCAUUUGAUCUUCGUGAUGAAGAAUCAAUAGCAAAAGCGGUGCAGUACUCCAAUGUUGUCAUCAAUCUUGUUGGACGAGAUUUUGAGACAAAAAACUUUAAGUACAUGGAUGUACAUGUUGAUGGAGCAAGGCGCCUGGCAAGGAUAAGUCGGGAAAUGGGUGUUGAAAGAUUCAUACAUCUUUCAUAUUUGAAUGCAUCUAAAAAUCCUAAGCCUCUGGUGAUGAAGAAACCAUCAAUGUAUAAAAUUAGUAAAUACAUGGGUGAGCAGGCUGUUAAAGAAGAAUUUCCUUCGGCAACUAUAAUACGUGCAUCUGACAUUUACGGCUCAGAAGACCGGUUCUUAAGGAGCAUUGCAUCAAUCUGGAGAGCUCAUUCUACCCUUUUGCCAUUGUAUAAGAAUGGAAUGGAAACUAUUAAACAACCUGUGUUUGUCUCUGAUGUGGCACAGGCUAUUGUGAAUGCCAUCCGAGACCCUAACUCAAAAUGUGUAACAUAUCAGGCUGUGGGACCUAAAAAAUACCUGUGGAAAGAUCUUGUUGAAUGGUUCUACGGUUUGAUGCGCAAAGACAAAAACUGGGGAUUUCGUCAUUACGACAUGAAAUACGAUCCGAUACUUCCACUGAAAGUGGCAAUUGCUAAUAAAUUGUCUUUGGCAGCUCCAUUUGGUAAUUUACACUGGGAAGGACUUGAAAAGGAAAGCACAACCGACAUUGUCGAUAGCUCUUUGCCUACACUAGAGGAUCUUGGAGUAACCUUGACGCAUAUGGAGGAUCAAGUACCAUGGGAGCUGAAGCCAUACCGCCUGUACCAAUACUACAUAGAUCAAAUUGGAGAAUUUCCAGCGCCACCUCCUCCACCAGUGUAUACUGCUUGAACAGUUCUCCAAAAAUACAAUUUGUUAUUAAAUGGAAUAUAGAAUAAAUUAUUAUUAUUAAA